AUGGGUCGCCAUGGUAUGAACAUUGACCCAAGACAUGUUAUGUUACUGGGUGAUAUUAUGACAUAUAAGGGAGAGGUGUUGGGAAUUCAUAGAUUUGGUAUAUCAGAUAUGAAGAGUAGUGUGCUGAUGUUGGCAUCAUUUGAAAAAACAACAGAUCAUUUAUUUGAUGCAGCUUUGCAUGGUAAAACAGAUUGUCUUGAGGGUGUUAGUGAAUCAAUUAUCAUGGGUAUACCAAUGCAACUUGGGACAGGAUUAUUUAAGUUGAUAAGAAAAUCCCACUUAGGUGAUGAAAGGCCACAAAGAAGAAAAUUAUUAUUUGAUAAUAGUGAACACCACGUAAAUUUCUUAUAUGAUUCAUCACAAGUUUUAUAG